GGAUAAUCUGUCAGAUUUCAGCCGCUUAAAGGUAAGAGCCUGGCUGAAAACAUUAGAAUCCCUCAUGUUUGAAGCCAGGCGCAGUCUGUGGAGCAUGUCUAGGGCCAUGCUGACUGGAACCAUGGUCCUGAAAGCUGUGAGCCUAUUUAUUGCAGAACUCAUCAGCUCCAUCACAGACUGGUUCCAGACCAAGCCGGUAUGGGCUGACCUAGAAGUGUUGGAGAAAACGGACCUGAAGGCCACCGGAGGCAGCGGUGAACAUCACAGGGCCAAAACUCUCUGGGAGAAGGCUGGAGCUGUGAUCAUGGUGGUCCGGCGACCUGGGUGACUACUGUGCAGAGAGGAGGCUGCUGCGCUGUCCUCUCUGAAGUACCAGCUGCAGGAACUUGACGUUCCUCUCAUCGCUGUGGUGAAGGAAAAUCUUGGCAGGGAGCUGGAAAACUUCAAGAAGUACUUUUCUGGGACGGUUUAUGUGGAUCUGAAGAAAAAUUUCUACGGCCCUAAAAAGCGUUGGAUGUUUCUCUCCAUGUUUCUGCGUAUCGGCGUGUGGGUGAAUAUCUGGCGGGCCCACAGGAAGGGCUUUAAAGGAAACCUGAGAGGCGAAGGCCUUAUCCUAGGGGGGUUAUUCGUCAUUGGGCCAGGUGAUCAGGGCAUUUUGCUGGAGCACCGUGAGAAGGAGUUUGGGGAUCAAGUGAAUAUGUUGGCAGUCCUCAGAGCAGCCCGAAAAAUGCGAGAUGACGCAGUCAAAAACUUGAAUGAAUAGACUGUUUUUUUAACAGAGGUGAUUAAGCCUCUAGCACACUUUACAAUGCAACUCUGAUGUAUUUGCAUACACCACAAAUAUGUCUGAUUAUGUGACUUUAUGUGGCUAAAGUCUGUUUAUUUCCCCAUUUCUGGUUUUGCUUGUGUGAUGGUGUUUUUGUGCAUUUAAUGAAGAUCUGUUUUAAACUCUGCAGAGAGAGCAGCUCUGACGUUACACAACUGUACACAGAUGCAAUCUAUUUACGAGAAUGUCUGACAUAGAGAGAAUAAACGGAUUCACUGUUUUUUGUCAUACAUUUACCUGCUAUCAAUAAAUAAACACAGAGGACAUCUUUAUA